UUUCGGAGCUGGCUUGGAAGUCGCGGUCACCUCGACUCGGACGUCCCGCUGACCGAGUGCCUGCUGCUGAGAUCAUGUCUACCAACGGGACAGAGGCCAGUGCUGGCACCCAGGUGACGGCAGAAGAACCGGUACAGCAGCUGAGCGUGGUGGACCGCGUGGCCAACAUACCCCUCAUCAGCUCUACCUGCGACAUGGUGUCUGCCGCCUAUGCCUCCACUAAGGAGAGCCACCCCCAUGUCAAGACCGUGUGUGAUGUGGCAGAGAAAGGUGUGAGGACCCUCACGGCAGCUGCUGUCAGUGGGGCCCAGCCCAUCCUGUCCAAGCUGGAACCCCAGAUUGUAUCAGCCAGCGAGUAUGCCCACAGGGGGCUGGACAAGUUGGAGGAGAGCCUGCCUGUCCUGCAGCAGCCCACGGAGAAGGUCCUGGCGGACACCAAAGAGCUCGUGUCGUCCAAGGUGUCAGGGGCCCGAGAAAUGGUGUCCAACACCGUGUCCAGCGCUAAGGACACAGUGGCCACCCGAGUGACGGAGGCGGUGGAUGCAACCCGUGGCGCCGUGCAGAGUGGCGUAGACAUGACCAAGUCCGUGGUCACCAGCGGUGUCCACUCAGUCAUGGGCUCCCACGUGGGCCAGAUGGUGCUGAGUGGGGUCGACACGGUGCUGGGCAAGUCAGAAGAGUGGGUGGACAACCAUCUGCCCAUGACGGAUGCUGAGCUGGCCCGCAUCGCCACAUCCCUGGAGGGCCUCGACAUCGCCUCAGUGCAGCAGCAACGGCAGGAGCAGAGCUACUUCGUGCGACUGGGCUCCCUCUCGGACAGGCUGUGCCAGCAUGCCUAUGAACACUCGCUGGGCAAGCUGCGACGUACCAGGGAGAGGGCCCAGGAGGCCCUGCUGCAGCUGUCCCAGGCACUUAGCCUGAUGGAAACUGUCAAGCAGGGAGUGGAUCAGAAGCUGGUGGAUGCUCAUGAAAAGCUGCAGCAGAUGUGGCUCAGCUGGAACCAGAAGCAGCAUCAAGGCACUGAGAAGGACCUGACCAAGCCAGAGCAGGUCGAGUCCCAGUCACUGACCAUGUUCCGGGACAUCACCCAGCAGCUGCAGGCCACCUGCGCCUCUCUGGGGUCCAGCAUCCAGGGGCUUCCCACCAAUGUGAAAGACCAGGUGCAGCAGGCUCGCCGCCACGUGGAGGACCUCCAAGCCACCUUUUCUGGCAUCCACUCCUUCCAGGACCUUUCCAGCAGCAUCCUGUCCCAGAGCCGUGAACGUGUCACCAAGGCCCGAGAGGCCCUUGACCGCGUGGUGGAGUACGUGGCCCAGAACGUGCCCAUCAUGUGGCUUGUGGGACCCUUCGCCCCUGGAAUCACCGAGAAAGCCCCAGAAGAGAAGAAAUAGGGUCCCUGAAUUUCAGCCUUUAGCUAGUGGACUUGGACUUCUGACAAGUGGCCUCCCAGGGACAGCGUGGACAGACACGUUCUGGAGACUUGUUCUACUGCAGGAGGGGGCUGAGGCCUGCCUGGUGAGCUUUGUUCAAAUAUCCUGGUGUUCAGUAUUGCUUUAAUAAAUUUUACCUGCAGCUAAGUA